UUGGCAACCAAGUGGAAGCUUACAUACGCUUAAACAAGGCAGAAGGGACAUUUCGCUAGCUAGCUAUCCAGCACAAUACGACAAAUAUGUCUUCGAGGACGCUACCCCUGCUUUUUAUUAAUCUCGGUGGAGAAAUGCUAUACAUCUUGGAUCAACGCCUAAGAGCUCAGAAUAUUCCCGCUGACAAAGCCAAGAAAGCUGAUUGGAUAGAGGAUGACAGAAGGAGAGUUAUGAAUGACAUCAUCACCACCAUGUUCAAUAAAAAGUUUUUGGAGGAGCUGUUCAAGCCACAGGAGCUGUACUCCAAGAAGGCCCUCAGGACGGUGUUUGACCGACUGGCCCACGCCUCCAUCAUGAGACUCAACCAGGCCAGCAUGGACAAGCUGUAUGACUUGAUGACCAUGGCCUUCAAGUACCAGGUGCUCCUCUGCCCGCGGGCCAAAGAUAUCCUCCUUGUGUCCUUCAACCAUAUGGAUGCCAUCAAGGAUUUUGUGAAGGACACCCCAAGCGUUCUCAGCCAGGUUGACGAGACAUACAGACAGCUCAUAGAGAUGUACACACCCUUGUCUAGUGGUGAAUUUCAGCUCAUCCGGCAAACGCUCCUCAUCUUCUUUCAAGACAUGCACAUAAGGGUGUCCAUCUUCCUCAAAGACAAAGUGCAGAAUUCCAAUGGACGUUUUGUCCUCCCGAUCUCGGGUCCUGUGCCCCACGGAACACACAUCCCAGGACUUAUCAGAAUGUUCAGCUGCAAUGGCGAAGAGGUGAAGAGACUGCAGUUCCGCAACGGUGGGAACUACACCGGUGUUCUCCGCGAGGGUUCUUUUGAGAUGUUUGGGGAGCGGGUCAUCAAGCUGGGCACCAACAUGUACAGUGUAAGCCGUCCGGUAGAAACACACAUGUCAGGGACAUCCAAAAACUCUGCACAGAAAAAGUCGGUCAACACAACUCCAAACCCCCUGGCAAAAGAGGAGCUGAACAUGUUGGCCAGGUUAAUGGGGGGUAUGGAAGUCCAGAAACCAGGAAAUGCAGACAGUGGCUUCCGAGUCAACCUCUUUGCCACAGAUGAGGAAGAAGAGGAGGCCUUGAUAUCGAGACCAGACGAGUUUUCAUAUGACGUCAUAAAAAUCCAAGCGACUAAGAACCAGCAAGCCAAUGCGGAGCUGGCUAAGAUCAUGGGGGACUUCACGGAGGAGGCUGGUGAGCCGUGCUCAUCGAGUGCCAACAGUAAAGGGGAUGACCUUCUAGCCAUGAUGGACGGGCUGUGACCGUGUUACCAUGGUGACCAGAAUCUGAGGGCGGGGCUCAAGGCUGAGUUGGUUAGGAACAGUGUGGUCUACUAUAGGACAGUGUCUUGUCUGCUCUGCUGUGCUUGGCCGUCUGUCUCACUCUGCAAUUAUGGCAGCUGUCUAACAAAAGCACACACAACACCAACCUCAUCUUUGUUCGUUUGUCGAGCUUUUCGAUGCUGAUGUGACGUGAACAGGUCAAUUAAUUUGUUCAGCAAGGACCGACUGUUCAUUUUGCAAAAGUGGGAAAACUUUACGCUUACACUCAGUGGCCCGUUUAUUAGGUACACCCAUCUUGUACCGGUUUGGACCCCCCAGUAGCCAUGAAGGGAUGGUCAGCAACAAUGUUUAGUUGCGCUGUGGCAUUCAAACGUUGAUCAACUGGUAUCAAGGGACCUAACCUGUGCCAGGAAAAUAUUCCCAACAACAUUACACCACCGCCACCACCUUUUACGGUUGACACUAGGCAGGAUGGGAGCCAUGGACUCAUGCUGCUUAUGCCAAAUCCUGACUGCCAUCAGCAUGACGCAAUAGGAUCCGGGAUUCGUCGGACCAGACAAUGUUUUUCCACUCCUCAAUUGUCAGUGUUGGUGACCGCGUGCCCACUGGAGCCGCUUCUUUUUGUUUUUAGCUGAUAGGAGUGGAACCCGGUGUCAUCGUCUGCUGCAAUAGCCCAUCCGUGACGAGUUGUGCGUUGUGCACAGAGAUGCCAAUCGGCGUUCAGAGAUGCCAUUCGGCACAUCACUGUUAUACUGCUCUGUUAUUUGUCUGUUUGUGGCCCGCCUGUUACCUUGCACGAUUCUUGCCAUUCUCCUUUGACCCCCUCUCAUCAACAAGCUGUUUUUUUACCCCAGGACUGUUGUUUUUAAUUUGUUGCACCAUUCUCGGGUAUUCCCUAGACAUUGUCGUGCAUGAAAAGGAUGCAGCGCACCUGGCACCGAUAAUCAUACCACGCUCAAAGUCUCGUAGGUCACUCAUUUUGCCCAUUCUAACAUUCAAUCGAACAGUAACUCAAUGCCUUGAAGCCUGUCUGUCUGUUUUACAUAGCAGGCCACAUGACUCACUGUCUGUAAGAGCGAUCCAUUUUUUUGUGAACAGGGUGGUGUACCUAAUAAACUGGCCGUUGAUUGUAUUUUGUGCUAUUAUGGUGGUAAUCUCAAGAGUUUUUAAAAGUUACAGAUACAACAGUUCUGUACUAGUUAGUCGCCCUGAAACGUCAAAUGGGACAUUUGUUCCACUUCAAUCAAUGAUUUCUGCUCUGCUGAUCCUGCUUCAAUCAAUGUAUUUCAAGUUGACAUUCCAUGGAUGUCACAUUUAAACAAUAUUUCUUUUGACUAUUUAUCUGGAAGGAAAAGUUCCUCUUUCAUUUGUUAUCACGGCAUGAUGUUAAGAUAACGCUGUUUUCUCUCACAUACCUGCUGUAAUACAGUAUUUAUAUUUUUGCUGACUUUCCUAAUCUGAUUUACUCUGACUGAGUAAUGAACAGGACCUAAACUAGAGGGUGUCAAACUCAAUUCCUGGAGCGCCUUGUGUCUGCGGGUUUUCGCUCCUCUCAUCUAGUUCUCUAGGCCUUAAUUUGACAUAAAUGACAAAAAACAGCAAGCACACAACCUUCCAGGGAUUUAUUUGGACACCCCUGACCUAAAGAGACUGGUGGAAAUGAAAGAAACACAAGUGCACUUGUCAUUGUAAUUCAAAAACAUGGAUCCCAAAACAUAUUUUGAGAAAUUUCUACUGUACCUUGAUUUUUGUUUUGGUAUGGGAUAAAUAUAUACUGUAUGUUUAGGGUGACCUUUAGUGUCUUCAAAUAAAGAAAGACAAAUUAUUUGUAAAUAUAUUAUAUUGCAAUAAUUCACGUCACCAAAUGGGAUGGUAAUGGAUUAAGUGUGACACAACACUAAUGUAUCGAAGCAGCUGAUCCUUUGAUGCAAUAUGACAGAUGGUCCAAAAUGUAUAUUUAUGGAAUUAUUUAUUUAUUUAUUCAUUAGCAUGGUGUACAUGUUUAUGUUUUUUGUCGGGUGAAAUAUUAACGAUUGUUAAAAAUAAAACUUUUUAUAGAAAUGUCGUAAUGCAUAGAUUGAAGAGUAAAUAAAAUAUGGAGCUCUCAUUAGCUUUUA